UCCUCUCAGUUGCCUGUGCAGUUGCUGUUGUUUUGAUGCUGUGAAAUGACUCAUCAUAUCUAGGAACACGCACCACAGAUAAACUCUCAACAGGGCAACGUUUCUUUGUUAAAUAACUCUUCUUCGGAAUUCAUCAUGAAAAUUUGGAUUACCCUGACUUCUGCAGCUUUUGCUGUCUUAGCCUCAGCUAAAUGUCCACCAUGUAAAACUAUGAAGUGGGCCAACUGUGACGGAACUCCAUGUCAGUGUCUCCUUACGGUCAGUAAUACCACCAGGCUAAAAGUGGACUGCACCAAAUUGGUCCCCAAGUGCUUCGUGAUGAUGGCUGAAAUGCACAGGGCCAGAGAAGGCCAGAGGACCCAUACGAUCAGUGGAAAGCCUCAUGAAAAAUACUACCCAGACUGUGAAAGCGACGGCACAUUCAAAGCCAAGCAGUGCAACAACAGUGAGGAGUGCUGGUGUGUCAACAGCGCCGGUAUUCGUCGAACUGAAAAGGGAGACAAAAACCUGAAAUGUGACGAGCUGGUGGAGACUACGAUCAGUUUUUACUUGAUACACAAACCAGUAUCAACUGCACUGGAUACAACCACGUUGAAGACUGACAUUGCAGAUGCCAUUAACGAACGUUACAUGAACUUCAGCACGGACAUGAUGGAGCAUCCUCUCUAUAUUGAUGAAGAACGCUCGAUUACGCUGAAAGUGAUGACGAGAAAUCAGAGCAAUGACGUCGUUAGUAUGGCCUACUACAUGGAGAAAGACGUGAAGGGGCAAACCCUGUUUACAAAUAAGGACGAGGGGUUCAAGCCCACCGUGGGCGGUCAGAAGCUGGAGAUAGAAUCCAUAGAGGUGAAUUACAUCGAUGAAACACCGCCCACUUACCGUGAGGUGAGGCCGCAUAAUAUUAUUCACUCUGUCAUCAUCCUCGUGGUGGUGGUGGUGGUGGUGGUGAUUGUUGUGGCUGGUUUGAUGAUUCGGUGCUACUGCAGAAAGCGCCAGGAGUAGAUGCAAGAUUUUGGAUGGACAGCGCUCUCCACCACCACAGAAUUCAUCCGUCCAUCCAUCUAUCCGUCCGUCCAUCCAUCUAUCCGUCCGUCCAUCCAUCCGUGCAUUAAUUCGUCCAUCUGUCCAUCCAUCCAUCCAUCCAUCCAUCCAUCCAUCCAUGCAU